UUAAAGGCAGGAACAGAUCUAAAGACAGUAUAUGGGUUGACAAAAUUGCAAGCAAUAUGUACAUUGGAGUUCCAAAUCAGUUCCUUAUCACUUCAAACAUAUUAUGUUCCAAAUGAUUUAGGAUAUUCUAUCAGUAUUAACUCCUUCGCCUUAUUUAUAUUAAUAUGUAUUUGUCUUAUCUAAUAUUUCCUUCUAUUAUGCCCAGGCAGGCGUUUGAAAGGAUAUAUAUUGUAAAAUUUUGAAAUGAAAUAAAUAUAUCUUAAUAAAAAAAUUAUAUCAAAUGAAGAAGUUAUUAAGAUUCAUAACACAUAAAAAUUGGGGAUUAUUAAGGAAUAAAUGUAAUAAGGAAUGAUUUAAGACCAAAAUGUUGUAUAAUUGAAACAUUUUUUCUGUAGAUCUGUUUCUCCUUUUAAAUUAACUCUCAUUUCAAUUUUUUUAAAUACUGAUAAUUAAACUAAGAUAAAUCACAACUGCCAUUAAAAUAAUUUUUGACUUGUACAUUUCCAAAUAUCUUUAUGAAUAAAGGAAAUUACAAGAAUAUUGAAUCAUAAAUGGCAGGUCAAUUUUGCUUCCAUCAUCACUGAAGAAGAAAACAGAUGUCUGUUUUUUACAACUUGAAGUAAUACAUAAACCCUCAUUUAUAUUUCAGAUCUCUUUCAAUCCUAGCCAUCUUUUUAUUGAUUUAGAUAGAUUUUUGACAAUUUAGUCCCAGCAAUCUCAUUUGCCAAUGAAGAUGCAGAGAGCCUAAUCAGCCACCAUCAAGUACAUCUCGUCAGUGUGGCCCAUGGACAGAUGGGUUAUAACUGUCCUGCUGGCACCCGCUUAUCCAAUGAGUAUCCCCGUCCCAGUGAAACAUUUGGCAAUGAAACAGGGCUCCAGAAUGAGGCAAAUUGUACAGAGUGUCCCCAUGGCUAUUACUGUGAUCAGACUGCCCAGACCGCAUACAUGUAUUCAAAGAUCUUCAAUGCAGGGCUAUUACUGUGGCAACCAACUGCCAAGUGGGGAAUGUGACGCAGGGUAUAACUGCCCCAGUAGCAUUACAACCCCUGACUUCAUCAUCUGCCCAGAGGGUCAAUACUGCACUGAAAGCACAGUAAACCAAAUCCAGUGCCCAAUUGGGACAUACAGCAAUGUAACUGGACUGAAGAAUGAUACAAAAUGUUUCCCAUGUCCUGGAAACUUUGAGACGGAGGGUUUUUUAAAACCAAGGUGUGAUCCUGGAUACUAUUGUCCAAUAGGCUACACCCAGGAUAUGAAGUGCUACCUCUGCCCCCCAACACCUUCAGGUGAUUUUGCUGCAGGCAAUUUGUGUAAUUCUGGAGUCGAUUGGGAGUUUCUACAUGGUAUCAAUCAGUCAGUUCCUUUAAACAACAGUUACAU